GAAAAGACCCCCCCCCCAAAAAAAAAAAAAAAAAAAAAGUCCAAAAUCUGAAAUCCACAGAAAAAGGUAAUACCACCACGUUGGAAUUGCAUGGUAACCGAAUGUCAACCCUCUUUACAAACAAAUUGACCUUUUCCAUCCCCUUCUCUUUCUUUCUAGAUACUCACUCUUCCAUCCCCUUUUCUCUCUCCCUCUCUCUUUAUAUAUAUAAUAACCCCCAACCCACCCCAUCCUCAUUACAUACAUAAAUUAGCAAAUCCACCAUUUUCCACAAAGGAAAAAAAAAGAAAAACUCAAAUUGACCACCAAGAAUUAUAGAGAAAUGAAGCUGGUUUGGUCUCCAGAAAAAGCAUCUAAAGCUUAUAUUGACACUGUUAAAUCCUGUGAAAUAUUUCAAGAAUCAAGUGUAGCAGAGUUAAUAUCAGCUAUGGCAGCAGGAUGGGAUGCAAAAAUGAUAGUAGAAACAUGGUCAAAAGGUGGAGUCAUGGCAACAAGUAUUGGUUUAUCAGUAGCAGCUCAUCACACAAAUGGUAGACACAUAUGCAUAGUACCAGAUGAAGCAUCCAAAUCAGACUACUUACACUUCAUUCAACAAAACUCCGGGGUGAUUUUACCUGAGGUUAUCGUUGGGGAGCCAGAAAAAGCUAUGAAUGGAUUGAAGGGUAUUGAUUUCUUGGUUGUUGAUUGUAGACUAAAUGACUUUGGUAGGAUUCUGACUGUUGCUAAAUUGGGACAUAGAGGUGCUGUGUUGAUAUGCAAGAAUGCAAGUUCAAGAUUUGUUGAUAAUGAAUUUAGGUGGCGGAGUUAUCUCGACGGAAAAUCAAGAAUUGUACGGUCGGUUUUUUUACCGGUAGGGAAAGGAUUGGAUAUUGCACAUGUCGGAGCCACCGUGAGCGGCGGUGGAAGUGGUGGUGGUAGUGGUGGAGGGAAGGUGGAGAGGAGGUGGAUUAGACAUUUUGAUAGAGAAACGGGGGAGGAGUUUGUGAUAAGGAAGUGAUUAUGAUAGAUGGAAAAUUGAAAAAAAUUCUUUUAUUUCUUUUUUAAAAAAAUUGUUAAGUAUUACUAGUUUAAUUAUUUUCUUUUGGGUUUUGUUGUGUAUAUAUAAAUGAUGAUACAGAAUUAAUCAGGUUACUCCUUUUGCCAA